AUGGACACUGGCAUAGAUGCAAUGCCGUUCUGGAAACCCAAGGCUCACCACACGGCCAAGCUGCCUGCAGUCUACCGACGCAUGAUGCUAUAUCGUGCGAAGGCUCUGCUCGAUAGGCUAAUCAAUGUGCGUGAGUUUGCCAUGGAAUUUGCGACGGAGGAUGCUCUGCUGCAUUAUGCCAAUGCGCUUCCACUUCCUUCUCCUGACGAGCAGGAGGAAGAAGACCUGGCUAAAUCUCCAGAGAAAAACGACUCGGACGAAAACGAAGACGUCAAAGCUUGUGAGGACCAACUUGCACAACACGAAGAUGCACACAUGCAGUUCUCUGAGGAAGUUGCUGUCGUGGACCAACGGGACAGCGAUGCGUCCACUGGUACUACUGAUGUCGACAUGGAGGACACUGAGCCUAUCUGGGAUGGCGCUAUCCACGGCUUUGACUGGCCAAACAUCGAGGAGCCGUCUGAGUAUCAGUCUGCCUCUAGUGAUGACGAGGAUGAAAUGACUGAUGAGACUGUUCAAUUCGACCCCUUCGAAGCCCCUCCCAGUACUAACACCCCCGAGUCGAAUACCUGGCUCACAAACAGUCCUGAUGCUCCCUACAGUGUAUUCUUCAAUACAUUUGUCACGUUCCCAGUCGCUUAUGCCGGCGAUGGUCAAGGAGUCCUUUCAACUGGAGUCGAAUACUCCGAUGCUCCUCAAGGCCCUACUUCGGCAUGGCUGACUAACGAUCCCAAUGCUCUCAACGGAGCUGCUGAAGCGGAAGCCUCUUCGGAGACUUGGUCUGGUGAUGGAACUGCAUCUCUGCCGGUCGAUAACCAUCUUCCCAUAUCCCAAGACAGUUUUGAAAAUGAAGACGACCAGUCCGCAUCUGAUAGCGACAGUUCAGAUGAGAUCACAUCCCAGGCCAUCGAUGACCAGAUGGAAAAGCUGCGACUCGCACCGAGCACUCUUCUACACCCGUACAGUUGGUAUUGGCCUACACAUUUCUUUGAUGAGAUCGUCACCCAGGCUGAAAAGUACGAAGAAUACGUUCAAAAGAAGAAUGAUCUCGUCAAAAACAUCUCCGAGAACAGGACCCUAUCACGGGACGGGAUCGACAAUAUUCUGUACGAGUUCGUACACGAGAACAUCGUGCGUAAACCCAUUGUAAACGCUGCGCAACUCUUUAAGCUGAAGCGUUUUAUCGAUAAUGCCGUCCAAUUCGUUCUCUCAACUCAAAGAAACAUUGAUGCAAUCGAUGCAGACAUGGACGAAGGCCGCCGACGCCAUUUCUUGCCGUUAGAUUCGCCGUUGCGCCUCCGAAGCAAGCGUCUUGGGAGCUCUCUCCGGUUUGUAACCGGCGUCAACGACGCCUGGGUGCGAGACCAGGAUAAUUGGGGUAUGCCGCCCGUCAAGAAGAAGCGCAAGCAAAUAUAG